UCUCAACCACAUCCCUUCUAAAGAAAAAGUCGAAGUUGGCUCAAAUUAAUAAUGUUAAGAGAGUUGGCUUCAAGUCACAUACAACAUGUCCUAGCCCGUCAUUUGAACACCCUACUAUAAGAAAAAGUCACAUAUAAAUUUGCGAGCCAAAUGUAGUUGAAUCCAGUUAGUUGUUGGGUUUUAUAAAACCCUAACUUGGGAGUAAAGACUCACCUCACUAACAUAUACAUACCUCUCUCUCCAAAAUUCUCUGUGAAAAAAAACUCACACUCUCAACCAUGCCUUCUUUGAGUACAAAUCAUAGUAGCAGCAACAAGAAGCAAUUAAGUUUAUCAUCAUCGUCGUCAAUUCCCAACGAUGCCGCCGCCACUCCACCAUGCACCACGGCCGCGGAACCACAACAUUUCGUCUCUCUCUGCCAAGAAGCUUCUCGAAUCUUCCCUUCCUUCAUUUCACAAUCUGCUUUCGUCGUCGAAAUCAGCGAUAUUGAAUCCACCGACUCUCUUUCCAAAGGCACCGCCAAAAUUUGGCUUUCUGAGUCUUCUAUGAUUGCUUCUUCUCUCGCUCCGGGUUCACUUGUCUCUGUUUCUAUUCCUUCUUCAAGUAAAGGGAUUGCGGAAUCGCAUAAUUUUCCUCUCACUUCAUUGACUGCUGAGUGUGUCAAAUGCUAUGGAUUGGAAACUUGUAAGGCAUUGGGUGAUGGUGCUGCAGGAAACUACUUUGCUAUUGCGACGGUUUUUCCUGCCAAGAAGGUAUUGAAGAAUGGUGCACGUCUGUCUUCAAUUCUUUCUUUUGCCAUGGGUUGUCCUCCUUUCGGUACAUGUGUGUUUGUUCACCCAUUACAGAAACAAUCCUUAGUAUAUAAUUGCAAAGAAUUAUAUCUUCAACUGGCUUCUUGUAAGAGUGUACAAACAUUGAAAGUUAAUAAUUUCCCCUCGUUGGACUUGUCUAAUUCAAAAUCGUGUGCCCAAUCAGAGAAUGAUAUUGUUGCAUCUCCUAAAACACCUUCUUAUGCAUCAAAGUUUUCUAAUGACAGUUUGUAUUCUAACCCCGUAAUAGAAGAUUUAGCAUCAAGUGUAACCAAUUACAAUGGUCAAUCGGUGGCUUCAUUUGAUGUUAGCAAGACAUUAGCAAAUGGAAAUUCCAAAAAAUUACUAGAAACAUGUGCAACUUCAUCGUUAUACUCUCGUUGUUUAUUGGUAAGGAAUUUUGUUACUCUCCCAAUGUUGUCUGAGUUUUUCAUUUUCCAAGUGAUGGACAUUAAAAAGGUGUCAGCUACCAUACCCUGUCCAUUAAAUGGGAGCAAUAAUUCAAAUCUUGAGGAUUCUGAUACGGUGGAGAAAGAGAAUGUGGCUUUCGCUGUCAAUUGGGAAACAAAGGUAUUUUUAUAUUUGCCAUCAAAUGCCGCAUUUGAAGAGUCAACUCAAAGGGAUUUAUUGUGUCUGAAACUUGAUAGCAGACAUGAUAAUAUUUCUAAAUUAGGUGGUCUAUCUAAAGAAGAAAUGUUUUUAAAGGACUUAAUUUUUUAUUCAAAGAACGAUAUUUUAUCAAGAUUUUGUCAAUAUAAUACCGGAGUCCUUCUUCAUGGUCCACCUGGUACUGGAAAGACCUCCCUGGCUCGAUUAUGUGCUCAUGAUGCCGGGGUCAAAUUUUUCUCUAUUGGACCUAAAAUUGUUACCCAAUAUGGGGAAAAUGAGAGAGCAUUGCAUGAAGUUUUUGAUUCCGCCCUUCAAGCUGCACCUGCUGUGAUAUUUAUUGAUGAAAUACAUGCAAUUGCCCCUACAAGGAAAGAUGGGGGUGAAGAGCUAUCUAAAAGAUUGGUUGUAACCUUAUUGAGUCUGAUGGAUGGAAUUAGAAGAAACGAAGGGUUACUUGUAAUUGCUGCUACUAAUAGGCUUGACCUUAUUGAUCCAGAUCUCAGAAGACCUGGAAGAUUUGACAAGGAAAUUGAAAUUGGUGUGCCAUCAAAAGCGCAACGAGAAGAUAUUCUGCGCACUAUUCUCUGUGAAAUAGAUCACUCUCUUUCUGAGACACAAAUUGAAGAGCUUGCCUCAAUAACUCAUGGAUUUGUAGGUGCUGAUUUAGUUGGCCUUUGCGAAUGGGCACAUUUUCUUUGUCCACGACAUUCAGAAAAGACGCCUAAUAGCAGUGAAGAACAUAUUUUGAAAGUGAGUUAUGAGGAUUUUCAAAAGGCUAGGCUCGAAAUAGGACCCAGUGCCAUGAGAGAGGUGACCCUUGAGGUUCCAAAGGUUAAAUGGGAAGAUAUUGGAGGCCAAAAGAAAGUCAAGAAUCAGUUGUUGGAAGCACUAGUAUGGCCUCAAAAGUACCAGGAUGCAUUUGCCACUAUUGGGACUGAUCCUCCAACAGGUAUAUUGAUGUAUGGGCCUCCAGGUUGUAGCAAAACCCUAUUGGCUCGUGCUGUUGCUUCUGAAGCUGGAUUGAACUUUCUAGCAGUCAAGGGUCCUGAAGUCUUUAGCAAAUGGCUUGGAGAAUCUGAGAAGAAUGUCAAAUCAUUGUUUGAUAAAGCAAGGGCCAAUGCCCCAUCAGUUAUAUUUUUCGAUGAAAUUGAUAGUCUUGCUGUAACUCGUGGGAAAGAUGGUGAUGGUGUUUCAGUGUCCGAUAGGGUCACGAAUCAACUUCUUAUUCAAUUGGAUGGUGUGCGUAAAAGAGUUGAUGUUGCUGUCAUAGCUGCUACAAAUAGGCUAGAAAAUAUUGAUCCUGCCCUUUUAAGACCAGGACGCUUUGACCGUUUGCUAUAUGUCGGACCUCCAAAUAAGAUGGACAGAGAAGAGAUUUUUAGAAUUCAUUUGUGCAGAACUCCACGUGAUUCUGAUGUUAGCAUGAAAGAAUUAGCUCAACUGACAAAUGGUUAUACUGGGGCUGAUAUAUCACGUAUAUGUCAACAAGCAGCUUUUAAAGCAUUGGAGGAAAACUUUGAUGCUUCCGUUGUAACAAUGAAGCACUUUAAGACGGCAAUUGAACAAGUUCAGCCCACAGAAACUCAGUCCUAUCAAAAGUUGUCAGCAAAAUUUCAAAGGGCUGUGUUCUCCGAUCAUGGCCUUCCCAGAGCAAAUGCUACCAGGCCUGCGGCACAAGGCCUCAAAUUUUUUGGGGUCCUAAUAAUUUUUAUUUUUAUUUUUUGCUUUUUAUAUAAGGCCCAAAAACAUUGAUUAUAUAUUAUCAAUGUGGAAAAAAUAACAAAUAUGCUGCAAUAACCCAGUGGCAGAAACAGGGGGAUUGCACGUGUGCGGUCAUUUGUUCAA